AUGUCCAAUGGUACGCGGCUGACACACGAAAUCUGUUCGACGAUGCUGGCCACCAUGAUGGGCAGCCAGACGAUGCACGGCAUGGCGACGCGCUACAUGAUGACCCUGGUGCUGUCCUGCCUGCCGCUGCUGGCCGUCGUGGGCAACACGCUCGUCAUCCUGUCCGUGGCCAUGUUCUCGCACAUGCAGACGCUGACGAACGCCUUCGUCGUGUCGCUCGCCGUGGCCGACCUGUGCGUGGCGACGUUGGUGAUGCCGUACGACAUCUACAUGAACUUCACGAACCGCGUGUGGUCUCUCGGCAGGACGUCGUGCCUGGUGGCGCACAGCUUCUGCGUGAUGACGUGCACGGCGUCCAUCUACAACCUGUGCUGCCUGGCGCUCGACCGCUACCUGGCCAUGUGCAGACCCUUCCUGCGGCUGUCGUCGUCGGUAGCCGUCGCGCUGCUGCUCGCCUGCUGGCUGAUGCCCGCCCUGCUGUCGUUCGUGCCCAUCAUGAACAGGUGGAACCACAUCGACAUCGACGACGUUGUCCACUGCAUGCACGUCCUCAAGCAGGGCCAGGACUGCGAGCUGGUCUUCAACCGCCGGUUCGCGCUGGUCGGCUUCGUCGUCGCCUUCCUCGUCCCGCUGCUGCUGAUGGGUAUCCUCAACUGGAGGAUCUACCUGGCCGCCGCCAGGCACCUGAAGGAGGUCGUGCACGUGCAGAAGGUGGGCGCGGGUAGGCGCGACAGCAAGACCCAGAACGAGCGGAUCGCCAAGGCCCUCGGCAUCAUCAUGGCCUGCUUCGGCGUCUGCUGGUCGCCGUUCUUCGUGUGCGGCGUCGUCAACCCGUUCGUGAGGUACACGAUCCCGCACGACUUGUGGACGUUCGCCAAGUGGGCCGGCUUCGUGAAUUCCGUGAUCAAUCCCUUGCUCCUGUACAGCUUCAACAAACGCUUCCACAGGGCCUUCUGCAGGCUCCUCAACAGCUUCGUACUUUGUAGCCGUAGAAAACGGUAG